GAUGAGGGCUGAAAGGUAGUAGCCCAGGUAAUCGGGGCCAACUUCCUGGAGGAGGUGGCACAGGCUGAAUGUAAAGGAUGAAAAUGGGACUGGACAGCAGGGGUGCUCAGGAUCCAGGCCAGUUGCAGGAGGGGAUGGAGCACACAGGUGUGGGCUGUUCAUUAUCCCCCACCCAUGGGGACACCCGGGAAGGGUCAUGAAAGAGUUCCCAGCGUGUUGCUUCCUUUGAAGGAAAAUAGUAAACUGAGCAAAAAACAGCCCCAAAACAGCUGAGCAUCCACCAGGUGACUCAUGGCCCACCACCUCCCCCUAAACCCUGGAGAAGGAUCAUUUCACAGAUACUAACUGAGCACUUGCAGUGCACCAGACGCUAUCCUAGCCAUGGAGAUACAGCGGUGAACAAACCAGACAUGGACCUCUUGGGGCUGAGGUUCCGGCUGAAUUCUGCUGAACUUGUAAUGUGCCCUGUCCGGAGGUGGUGGUGACCCCCAGCCCGCAGGCCCUUACUCCCCGCGGGGAUGGGAAGGUCUCAAGGCAGCAGUAAGAGUCUGUUCGAUCUCAGAACCCCCUUUUGGUGCCUUGCUCUACGUGAGGCCACAGGCAGCACUCGCUCUGGCUGGAGGAGUCACGCAUCUGAGGGUACCCACCUGGCAUUUAGGAGUCUUGCUAUAGCCAGGUGCUAAACACAGGACUUGGCAUGCAAUAGGUGCCCUAUAAAUAGUGGCACCUUUGUGGUUCUGAGGGUGCGGCUAACUGUAAAGGUUUGGCGGGGAAGGUGUAGUAGGACCCGGCGCCUGCGUGGCGGGUCCCAGGAGCCAGCGAAGUUGAUGUGCGCACGCUCCUCCUUCCGGGAGAGGUCCCACCCCUGGGGCCCUGGCCUCGCCCCCUGCGCCUUUUCCGGUCCCGCCUCUGGUGCGCGCGGCCAGCUGAGCCCCGGGAGCGGCGGUGAUCGCGGAUGCAACGGCAUGACUUUGGAGGCGAUCCGGUAUUCGCGGGGCUCACUACAGAUCCUCGACCAGCUGCUGCUGCCCCAGCAGAGCCGCUAUGAGGCGGUGGGCUCGGUGCGCCAGGCCUGGGAGGCCAUCCGCGCUAUGAAGGUGGGGCCGCUCGGCGGGACCGGGGUGGGGGGCUUCCCGUGCCUGCAGUCCCUGACGCCCGCAUUUCCCCACCAGGUGCGCGGCGCCCCAGCCAUUGCGCUCGUGGGCUGCCUCAGCCUCGCCGUGGAGCUGCAGGCGGGCGCCGGGGGACCCGGACUUGCCGCGCUCGUGGCCUUCGUGCGCGACGCGCUGAGCUUCCUUGUCACCGCCCGGCCCACCGCCGUCAACAUGGCCCGCGCCGCCCGAGACCUGGCCGACCUCGCAGCCCAGGAAGCGGAGCGGGAGGGCGCCACGGAGGAGGCGGUCAGAGAGAGAUACUCUCCAUGUUCCUUAACCCCAACCAGGGUCCCUUCUGCCUCAGGGCCUUUGCACACACCAUUUCUGCAAACCAGAGUGAUCCGCUGGACCGAGGACAUGCUGGCAAAAGACCUCCGGGACAAUCGGAGCAUCGGAGACCUGGGAGCGCACCACCUCCUAGAGCGGGCAGCACCCCAAGGCGGCAAGGUGAUCGUGCUGACCCACUGCAACACUGGUGCACUGGCCACUGCUGGCUAUGGCACAGCCCUAGGUGUGAUCCGCUCGCUGCACAGCCUGGGCCGUCUGGAGUGUGCCUUCUGCACGGAGACCCGGCCCUACAACCAGGGAGCCCGGCUGACGGCCUUUGAGUUCGUCUACGAGCAGAUCCCCGCCACCCUCAUCGCCGACAGCAUGGCGGCAGCUGCCAUGGCCCACUAUGGAGUGUCAGCUGUCGUCGUGGGAGCCGACCGCGUGGUUGCCAAUGGCGACACGGCCAACAAGGUGGGCACCUACCAGCUAGCCAUCGCCGCCAAGCACCACGGCAUCCCCUUCUAUGUGGCUGCCCCCAGCUCCUCGUGUGACCUCCACCUGAGGACGGGCCGGGAGAUCAUCAUUGAGGAGCGUCCUGGCCAGGAGCUGACCCAUGUCAAUGGGGUCAGGAUUGCGGCACCCGGAAUUGGGGUUUGGAAUCCUGCCUUUGAUGUCACGCCCCACGACCUCAUCACUGGCGGCAUCAUCACAGAGCUGGGUGUCUUUGCCCCUGAGGAGCUCCGGGCAGCCCUAGGUGCCACGGUCACCCUAGAUGGACCCCAGAAGUAACCAACCUAGCUGUCCAUAUCCUGCCCCCAUUAUUUUUAUAAUAAACUUAUUGAAUGGCCUGCCCAAAAGCUAACCUUUUUCCCCCAACCACAAUUCUUCCCAGAACAGAGAAAGCAGACAGGGCCUUUGCAUGGCUCUUAAGAUCCCAGCAGCUGAAGUCAAGCUGCCUGAGUUCAUAUCCCAGUUCCACCGCCUUUUCUUUUUCUUCUUUUUU